GAGCUGCUAUCACUGUUCUCUCUCACUCUUUUUCUCUCCCAAUCUCAUUCGAUCGAUCCGCCUUGCUAGUCGUCGUAGCCAGGCUCAAUGGCAUUCAACGACGAUGAGAAGCCUCCUACUUCCAAUACAGGAAGCACAAAGGGUCUGGUGAAGAUCAAGCCGGCGAAGUACUUCAAGGAUGCUGCAGCGCUGACGGCGGACACGGUGACGGCGGAGGUGGAGAUCAACGCCACAUCCUCCACCACCGUCAGGGAGGGGCUGGACCUGGUUGCCGUGCUCGACGUUAGCGGCAGCAUGACAAAAGAUGGGAAGAUCGAGAGCGUGAAGAAGGCCAUGCUGUUCGUGAUCAUGAAGCUCACCCCCGUGGACCGCCUCUCCAUUGUCACCUUCUCCGACGGCGCCACCAGGCUCAGCCCGCUGCGCACCAUGACCCCGGAUGCCCAGAACGACCUCAAGGCUCUCGUCAACAGCCUCGGGGCCAACGGUGGGAACAACAUUCAGGCAGGCCUUGAGACCGGGCUGGCUGUGCUCGCCGACCGUGUCAACACCAAGGCGCGCACUGCCAACAUCUUCCUCAUGUCCGACGGGCACCAAACCUCCGGCGACGCCAGGCAGGUCGACCCUGGCCAGGUGGCCAUCUACACAUUUGGCUUUGGCAGGGACACGGACCACCAGCUGAUGAGUGACAUCGCCACGAAAUCACCGGGCGGGACCUUCAGCACUGUGCCCGAUGGGUCGAAGGUGAGCCUGCCAUUGUCGCAGCUGCUUGCUGGCCUCCUCACGGUGGUCGCGCAGGACGUGCAUCUCACCAUCACGCCCAAGACGGAGGAGGGCGACGUGGACACGGUAGUGGUGGCCCCCAGCGCCGAGUACACGCAGGCCACCAACGCCACCACCGGCGUAAUCACCAUCAAGUUCGGCGCCCUCUUCGCCGGAGAAGGGCGCAGGGUCGUGAUGACCCUCACGCUCAAGGACGUGAGCGCCUUUAGCGAGGAGUAUGACGCGCCAUUAGCUGAGGUCCAGCACAGCUUCACCGCCCAGGGAAGACCGCGAGACCUCCAAGUCCAGCAGGACAUCCAGAUAAAGCGCACCCCGUUCCCAUCUCAAGCCCCUGGUGUGAGCAGCAAGGUUCCGGCCGAGAUCGCCAGGCGGCAGCAUGCCGAGGCUAUCAGGCAGGCGAGGUUGCUGGCGGAAGUUGGCCAGUUGGAGGACGCGCGGUACAAGCUGGUGGACGCGCAGAAGGCGCUAGAGAACAACGCGCUGGACGGCGGCCAAAGGCUGGUGAACUCGCUCCGAGCUGAGCUGCAGCAGCUGAUCAGGCUCAUGGAUUCGGAGGAAACGUACAAGGCGCAGGGCCGCCCCUACGCCCUUGCCUCCGAGACCUGCCAUGGCCGUCAGCGUUACGCCGCCAGGGGCGGCGACGAAGAGGACGUUCGCCUCUUCGCCACGCCGCGCAUGGACGCCUACAGUGAGCAAGCCAAGAGUUUCGAGAAGGACCCCACGGGGCCGGCGGCCUCCGCCGCCGAUGAGGAUGUGAAGCAGGAUUAGACCAUUGCCAACCCGCUCAGCAACGCCAUCGAGAUCAAGAUCCUCAACCCAAGCACCUAGCUCGCUCGGCUCUUUCCUCUCCGAUCACGCGCGCAUGCUCGUUCCCUUUCUUCAUGAUUUGCCAUACGGAUACGUGUCCAAUAAGCACGCUUCGGAGUACACACUAGCUCGUUUUGAUUAUUUCAUCCAUCUACCUUGCUAUAUAUAUAUUGUGGAACGUCAUUUCCCAUGCAUUGUAUCUUCUUCCAAGUUGUAAC